CAUAUUUUCUCUCCUACCUCUCCUACCAUUUCUCGCGCAGAAAUGAAGCAUUACUGCAUCACCACCUCCGCCGCCGUCGAAACCGACACCCACGUUUCCAUCACAUCCUUCGUCUCAGAUGACACCGAAGUUUCCAUAUCCUCCGCCGCUACUAUAACCACUUCGAUCGACAAAAACAAGAAGAAGAAGAAGCAGAGUUUGAAGAACACCGCCGGUGAAGAAGUCGAUCGCCACGGCGGUUUGGCAGUUCACAGCCAAGUGAUGAAGAUUAAGCAAGAAAUAGAGAAGCUGAAAGAGCCUUCGCCGGAGAUUAGACGCCUCCAUCUCAGAAAUAUUAAUCGGCAGCGAUCUCGGUCGCCGCUCGGAAUCACAGAGAGAGCUAUCCUUGUUGGUAACUCCUGAGAGUUUUUGUACAUAUAUGCAUAUAUAAUCUAGUAUAAUGGGAGAUUUCUACGUUGCUGAUGAAUUCUGGAUGGGAUGUGCAGCAGUAUUCAGUGAUUAGUGUUAAUAUUUUGUGUGUGUGUGUGU